GGCAGGCGGGAGGGAAGGAGCCGAGCGCCGGCGGGUCGAUGGGCGGCGGAUAAAUGUCUGGCUGAGUGGGAGGCCGCCAUUUUAGAUGAGGAACGGGACGGACGGCGCCGAGUGACGGGGAGGUGGGCCUGCAGGCAGCGGCCGGCAGGGAGUGACACGGAUUUUCAGUGACAAAGUGCCAUAUCCGCCCAACCGAUUGUAGUGCGAACUGGAGGAAACAGCAAGAAUGGCAUCGCAGGGUGACACUGUGGUUUGCUUGAGAAGUAUCACACCCAGAACGUCCCUGCUGCGAGUGUGCGACCGCCUGGGUCACAGACAGCGAAACGUCUAACUUUUGUACUUCUCCUCUUCAGUAUUGUCCAGAUGAUGUACUUCAUCAUUUUGUCAUAGGACUUCGUUCACUUAAAGGAGAACUAAAGACUGCAUCAAUGGAGCACAUUCAGGGAGCUUGGAAGACUAUCAGUAACGGUUUUGGACUCAAGGAUUCUGUCUUUGAUGGCCCAAACUGUAUUUCGCCGACUAUCGUCCAGCAGUUUGGUUAUCAACGCCGAGCAUCUGAUGAUGGCAAAAUAUCAGAUACUUCUAAAACUAGUAAUACCAUUCGGGUUUUCUUGCCCAACAAGCAACGCACAGUGGUAAAUGUGCGAAAUGGGAUGACCUUACAUGAUUGUCUUAUGAAGGCACUUAAAGUAAGAGGUCUGCAGCCAGAAUGCUGUGCAGUUUUUCGACUCGUUUCUGAACCAAAAGGUAAAAAAGUGCGUUUGGAUUGGAAUACUGAUGCUGCCUCCUUGAUUGGUGAGGAAUUACAAGUGGACUUUCUUGAUCAUGUUCCACUCACUACACACAACUUUGCUCGGAAGACAUUUCUAAAGCUUGCUUUCUGUGACAUCUGCCAGAAGUUCCUCCUAAAUGGGUUUCGGUGUCAGACAUGUGGUUAUAAAUUCCAUGAGCACUGCAGCACUAAAGUUCCAACCAUGUGUGUCGACUGGAGCAAUAUCAGGCAACUCUUAUUGUUCCCAAAUUCAAAUAUCAGUGACAGUGGUGUCCCUGCACUACCUCCCUUGACAAUGAGACGGAUGCGGGAGUCUGUCUCCCGGAUACCUGUUAGUUCCCAGCACAGGUAUUCUACACCUCAUGCCUUUACAUUCAACCCAUCAAAUCCUUCCAACGAGGGCUCCCUCUCCCAAAGACAGCGAUCUACAUCCACCCCAAAUGUCCAUAUGGUUAGCACUACAAUGCCUGUAGACAGCCGGAUAAUUGAGGAUGCAAUUCGAAGCCAUAGUGAAUCAGCUUCACCCUCUGCUCUGUCUGGAAGUCCUAACAAUAUGAGCCCAACUGGCUGGUCUCAGCCCAAAACCCCAGUCCCAGCCCAAAGAGAGAGAGCCCCUGGAUCUAAUACACAAGAAAAAAACAAAAUUAGGCCUCGUGGACAAAGAGAUUCCAGUUAUUACUGGGAAAUAGAAGCAAGUGAAGUCAUGCUUUCUACAAGAAUAGGGUCAGGUUCUUUUGGAACUGUUUACAAAGGCAAAUGGCAUGGGGAUGUAGCCGUGAAGAUACUAAAGGUUGUAGAUCCAACCCCAGAACAGUUCCAGGCUUUCAGAAACGAAGUGGCCGUAUUAAGGAAGACUCGGCAUGUUAACAUUUUGCUCUUUAUGGGCUACAUGACUAAAGACAACCUGGCCAUUGUUACACAGUGGUGUGAAGGAAGCAGUCUGUAUAAACACCUGCAUGUUCAAGAGACCAAGUUCCAAAUGUUCCAGCUCAUUGAUAUUGCUCGGCAGACAGCACAGGGAAUGGACUACUUACAUGCGAAGAAUAUCAUCCACAGAGACAUGAAGUCCAAUAAUAUAUUUCUUCAUGAAGGCCUCACAGUGAAAAUAGGAGACUUUGGUCUGGCAACUGUAAAGUCCAGGUGGAGUGGAUCACAACAGGUGGAACAACCCACUGGUUCAAUCUUGUGGAUGGCACCAGAAGUGAUACGGAUGCAGGACAGUAACCCGUUUAGUUUCCAGUCAGAUGUCUACUCCUAUGGAAUAGUAUUAUAUGAACUAAUGACAGGAGAGUUGCCGUACUCCCACAUAAACAACCGAGAUCAGAUUAUUUUCAUGGUUGGCCGAGGGUAUGCUUCUCCAGACCUCAGUAAAUUGUAUAAGAACUGCCCCAAAGCAAUGAAGAGGCUUGUAGCAGAUUGUUUGAAGAAAGUUAGGGAAGAAAGACCCUUGUUUCCACAAAUACUGUCUUCCAUUGAAUUGUUGCAACAUUCUUUACCCAAAAUCAACCGGAGUGCUUCUGAACCAUCUCUGCAUCGUGCAGCGCAUACAGAGGACAUAAAUUCGUGCACAUUAACAUCCACAAGACUACCCGUUUUUUAGGAUCGUGCUCCCCUUCCCUUAUUCUCUCCAGUGAUGGGAAAGAAACAGAAGUAACAGAAGUUGUGCUUUUAAUGCCUCGGUGUACAGGAUCAGUGCCAGCAGGAUUAUCCGCAUCCCAGUUUUAAGAGCAAGCUGCUACGGAUGUCUGCAGUUCUUAUCCUGCAGGGACACAGCUCCACAUUGCCUUUUUCUACAGUUUCUUUUACUGGGAUAGUUAACAGACUAUAAAUCAAGAGGUCUAUUACUAUUUUUUUAAUAGAUGCACUUGAGCCUUAUUUUUCCCAUACACAGAAGAGAUGGAUCUUUCUUCGGCAGUGUUUCUGGAUUGAUUUAAAUCUGCUGAUAAAUUGGUAUUUUUUACAGCAAAGAUGGCUCGACUUGGCAUUUGAGGAAAGAUAAUGCGUUUUGGUGCUCUUUGAUUGCUCCAGGCCAUCUGCCACUUCAAGUCGGGGGAGUUUUGCUGGAAAUGGGUAUCUGCAAACAAGACUGAGGGAAGAGGAAAAAAAAAAAAAAACAAAAAACUUUGUGGAAAUCAGCUCCUGCCUAAGAGCUUUCAUCAAGCCAAUGAAAUAAGUUAAAAUGCUAAUUCAACACGAAAUAGUUUUGCAAUAGUUUUGCACAUAGAAGACAAACUCUUGCAAAGGAAUGGAGUAUAUUCUAAACUGUACUGCUCAGAGAAGGAAGCUAGCCAGUCUUGCUAUGGUCAUCCUCAGUAACUUAAGCAGCUUAUUUUGGUACUAUUGACUUGUUUCUUGCAGCCCAAUGAGGUGGUAAGUGCAGAAAGACAGGCUUUUGUGGCUGAUAAAAGGCUAAUUAACAGUAUCAGUAUACUUCUGCGAAAUGAGCAUAGUUUUCAUCCCAUCUGAAGCUGUCAGAGAUGCACUAUCAAGAGGAAACUGAGCAUACACAGUUUUUCUUGCUGAUUUGGGUUUUAAUUUUGUUUUUAUUGCUCCUGAGAAAAUGCAUUUAUUGUAAGCCAAGGUUCCUCUGAUUAUCUUAUUUUAAUAAAAUAAAUUAAAUUU